UUUCAUUUCACCCCAGAACCAAAAAAAAAAAAAAAAACACCCAAGUACAUAUAUCAUAUCAUAUCAUACACCACAAGAAAAAUUAUGAGGCCAGCUGCAAGCAACUCCACUUCAGCCACCGGGGAUGCUGUACUCCGGCAAUGGAAUUCCCCGAUGCCUUACUUGUUUGGUGGGUUGGCAUUCAUGUUAUUGCUCAUCUCGGCUGCAUUGUUCAUCUUGGCUUGCUCGUACAGAAAAUCAUCCUCCGAAAACACGAGGAAUCGUAAUAUUGAUCAUCACCGUGAAGCUGCUGCAGCGAAGCAAGAGGCGGGUGAGACGAAAAUGGAUGUAAAGAUUGUUGUGAUCAUGCCCGGCGAUGAUAAUCCUACUUACUUGGCAAAACCAGUCUCCGCAGAUCUUCGUGAUCAAGUUUGAGCUAUGAGGAUACGAUCACUGUUGAUAAAACUUUUUGGGUUCUUUAUUUUCCACAAUUGUUUUGUAUUGUAGGGUCAUGGAGAUUGCGGGAAGAUGUAAAAAUAUUUGUUGAGUUCAUUUUUGAAAAGAAAGAUUAACAGGUUUAUAGUUAAUUAUUAAUUAGUAUGUUGUGUGUAUAAGUGAUUUUAAUUAGUAUUGAAAUAUUAAUAACUAAAAAGAAGCGUGUUAAAGGAGAGAAAGGAAAUGAAUCCUAAUUAUUCCAACUAA